AUGCGUUCUUCCGCCGUUCUUGCGAUAGCCGCUUAUGUCGCUAUUCCUGGGUUCGUCGUUGCCACCCCUAUGCCGGCCGACGGCUCUCCGCCUAUCAUCCCCGACGGCGCCCCCUUUUCGCGCAAGGAUGCUCUCAACGUCUCCCACAGUAGCAUCGAGAGCAACAGCAACAACCAGCCGCACUCCCGUGACGACGAUGGGUUUCCGGCCCGUGUUGUCGACGACAUUAUCAUACGCGCUGAGCCUAUCGUUGACGCCGCCUUGGAUGAUAUUCAUGGUAUAGUCUAUCUACGCCAGUUUUUCGAUUCCAAGUCUCCCCGUCCAUCAGCCAACUCUGGCGGAAAUAGCGGGUCUUCCCAGCCGCAAGCCACAACAACUGAGGUGCGCAUGCCUCACUACUACGGCGAUAAAGGCUGA